UCAAUCAAAAAGCGUGUCUCGGAGAAUUGUCCCAAAAGGCAGAGAUCACCUUUCCUCACCUCACUUCGCCGCCCAUCAAGAAAAUCCAGAAAGGGCGUGAAGCUGUCGCGGUUCUCGUUGGCAAUUACAAUUUAUAAAAGUGUGGCAAAAUAAACAAUUAAAUUAUAAUUCGUGACAGCAAAAAAAAAAACAAUAAACUAAAAAGAGUAAAGGGAAAACCAGUAAGGAGGUGCGCCAUCAUCCCAAGCAGCAGAGGAGAAGAGCCAGAAUAAUAUAUAUCGCCAGCGGUCCAUGGGUCAAUAUCAUAAUCUGAGACAGCAACCGGAGCGGCAAACAAGUCGCCACAGGCAGCAAGGAGCAGUUGUGGUACCCAUAAAUCAAAGCGACGCAAUUUGCUGCUGACGAACUGCAAAGCAACAGCAGCAAGAGCAGCAGAGGCAGCAGCAACAGAAACAACUAUGCCAUUACUGCUGGCCACAACACUAGCCAACAAUUCCCAUCAUCAACACUUGAGCGCAACAGCAGCAGCAGCAGCAGCAGCAACAGCAACAGCAGCAACCAUGUUGCUGACGUCGCCGACAGCAGCAACUCAUUGCCUUGCAACAGCAACAUCGGCAGCAGGUGUUAAUGUUCAAAUUACUGGCCAAGGCGUUUCAGCAACUCUAGUCGACGAUCAACUGCAACUGCAACUACCACUGCCGGGCAUGGCAGCAUCAACGGCUAAUUAUGCCGCUAACGUUGGCCAUUUGAAUGGCUUUAACCCUAAAGACAACUGCCCACCAGUUCCACCCACCAAGGAGGCAUUUGAGGGAUUGCUGCGCCUGCCGCAGAUACAAGUUAAGCAGGAAUUCAUGGAGUCGCCACCAGAGCGGAGUCCCAUGAACCAACAGCAGUCAGCGGCAACAUCAUCAGCGCUCGGUACAAGCUGUCGUGGCAAAACAAUAUUAAAUCCCUGGUAUCUAAGGCCCGCCGACGGCAUUGGAUAUCAUAAUUAUAAUAGCAACAACAACAAUAGAAUCAGCAACGGGGAAAUCAACAAGGAUGUUGGCCAACAGAUGACUUCCGCAUGUGGCGAUGGCCAGACAUGUCUGCCAGUCUCGUAUUUUGGCAUGGAGACGCUGGCAUCUGUCAAACAGAGACAGAAAUCCCUGCCAGACUUUCUAAUACCGUUGCACGAAAUUAUGUUCCAACAACAUCAUUACCAGCAAAGGACAAUGGGCACAUUAAUUAAUAGUCUGCCGCCCGGCUUGCUCGGGUAUCCCCCCAAAACAGAGACGUUCAAGUCGUUAACCCCGCCGAAACCACUGCAUCACCAACACCAGCACCAGCCCCAGCUCCACCAUAACCACCCGAAUCAUCAAAAUCACCAGAAUCACACCGGCGACCAUUCCUUCGUCCGGCACUUUCACGAACGAGAUCGCCUCAUUCGGGAGCACCAGCUCAAGCAGCAGCAGUUGCGUGACGAGGAGGAAGUCCUUCAGGAACACAACCAUGAGGAGGAGCAGGAGCCAGGGAAACCCCAGGAUGUUCCAUCGCAGCUGGAGCAUAACCAUCAUUGGCAUAGCAUCGUUUGCAAUGCCAAUGGCCAUGCCACGAAGCUUCUUCAUGUUACCCCUCCAAAGGCAGCAGCCUCACUACCAUUGCCGCCAGUCAGAGAGGUCCUGCCCCCGAAUACCACAUCCUCCUCAACGGCUGUGGAGCCACCCAAAGAGCCAAGCAUUUACGAGCAGUCAGCACCAAAUGGUCGACAUUGUCGUCCUGCCAACAAAGUUAUGCGGCACAUGUCCAACUCACCCACACCGCCUUCACCGCUGCGCUCGCUAUCAGACUGUGAAAAGAGCUUUAAGGAAGAGGAGGAACUGGAGCUAGGCGACUACUGCGAGAUGCCGCAGAAUCUGAGCAGCAAACGCCAGGCUAGGGAACUGGACCCAGAGCUGGAAAACGAGGUCCUUGACUUGGCACCGCCCCCCAAAAGAUUGGCGGAAAAUCAGCUGAAAGAUGAAGAAGAGGAGGAGACAAUAGCCAGUGCCAUUCCGCCACAGCCUUUGGGAUUUGCACCAGAGGAUAUGCAUCAGGCAAUGCAAAUGCAGCUGCAUAGUUACAUUGAAAUGGUUCGCCAAUUGGCUCCAGAGGCUUUUCCCAAUCCCAACCUGGCCACCCAGUUCCUGCUCCAGAAUUCCCUGCAAGCGUUGGCUCAAUUUCAGGCCUUGCAGCAGAUUAAGCAGCAGCAAAGGGAGGAUCCCCUGCCCAGUUACUCCACUCCCUUGACAAAGUCACCUCUUAGAAGUCCCUCCCUGAGUCCGGUUCCUAGGCACAGCAAGUCCCAGCAGCGAACUCCACCAAAUUCGAUGUCUGCCAAUUCUCUGGGAUUAAGUAGUGCCGUAAUGACUCCAAAUACGCCCAGCAUGCAGCAGCAGCAGCCACUCCAGCAGCAGAGCACCCCAAAACCAUCGAGUGGUCUCACUGUUGCAUCUGCAAUGGCCAAACUGGAGCAGUCACCCGAAGAAACCACCGAUCUGGAGGAACUGGAGCAGUUCGCCAAGACCUUCAAGCAACGUCGGAUCAAACUGGGAUUCACCCAAGGAGAUGUGGGUCUGGCCAUGGGCAAACUUUAUGGUAAUGACUUCUCGCAGACCACCAUUUCCCGCUUCGAGGCCCUCAACCUGAGCUUCAAGAACAUGUGCAAGCUGAAGCCGCUGCUCCAGAAGUGGUUGGAGGACGCGGACAGCAGUGUGGCUAAGUCGGGCGGUGGAGUGUUCAACAUCAACACGAUGACCAGCAGCUUGAGCAGCACACCGGAGAGCAUCCUGGGACGCCGUCGCAAGAAGCGCACCUCCAUCGAAACCACAGUGCGAACCACUCUCGAAAAGGCCUUCCUGAUGAACUGCAAGCCCACGUCGGAGGAGAUCAGUCAGCUGUCCGAGCGUUUGAACAUGGACAAGGAAGUAAUCCGAGUGUGGUUCUGCAAUCGCCGGCAAAAGGAGAAGCGCAUUAAUCCCUCGCUGGAUCUGGACAGUCCGACGGGCACUCCCUUGAGCAGUCAUGCCUUUGGCUAUCCACCUCAGGCUCUUAACAUGUCCCACAUGCAACUGGAGGCUGGUUCGGGCUCCUUCUGUGGCAGCUCCAUCAGUUCUGGGGAAUAAGGGAAGACCGGACUCAAAAACCAACCUUGUACAUAGUCAGCUUAUACUCCAAAUUCUUCCACAACAUUCCACAUGCCACACACUCCAUAUCAAAUGCAAACAAUGCCAUGGAUGUAUUUAGUAAACUAGGUGAUAGCCAGUCGUAUCAGAAAAUCCAUUACGAAUUUAUAAGUACAUAUAGUUCCACUACACUACCUAUUCGUAACUGUAUGCAUAUAGAGUUCCUAGUUCUAACUAUCCCCCCAAGAAUGCCAUAUAUCUGUUGUGUCCUAUAUCCACUAUGCCACAAAUCAAUUGUCCUAGUUGUAUUUAAUGUGUAUUGACUUAGAUGUGUAUCUAUAUGUAUACCGAUGUUGUUGUACGAUGUCCAAUUGUAAAUUGAUCUUGAACACACUUAGAUCUUAACAUCCCAAAAAUUUCAAUAAAAUUAUUCCUAUAAAAUAAUU